CGGCACCAGACAUGUUUGUUUUCAUACCAGUCCGAAUUAACGUCGCGAUUGGUUCAAAAUCCAUAACUGGCCUCCGAGAGCCAGGUGUCGUUCACACCGCGGCCUCGCGCGCCUCGUCUCGUUAAUCACUCGUGUUCGCUAUUGUUAUAGCGCGUCGUACAGCCAUCUUUGUCAAAUUACAAGCGAUUCCUUUCAAUAAUUUGAUUGUAGUAACAAAUGGAACAAAACAUAAAAUUUGUUACUGGUGCGCGAUAUGGUAGAAUCGAACGGAUUAUUACAUUCUCUUUUGUUUUAACGUUGAUGUUUCGAUAAAUACGAGCGUUACGAGUGCUUACGGCUUUAACGACCAGUCGACCAUUAAAAUGAUGGAUGAUGUGUUUCUCCGCAAAAACUGUGUAAUGUGUUUGUUUAAAUAAACAAUGUGAAGGGUGCUUUUAGUGUUAGUAUUUGUCCAUAUUUGUGAUAAGAACUGCGUCGUAAUUUCUCGUACACAUUGCAUAAAUGAGUGGAAUGGCGUUGCGGAGCGCGCGGGCCGGAGCAUGCGCGCCAGUUUCGUCGCGACCGCUAGGAGCGCACUGAGUGUCCUUCGUUUGUGUGUAUAUCAAAAUGGGACGGUCCAGAUUCCCAGGAAAACCAUUAAAAUUUCAUAAUAGAAAGCGUAUAAGUGUCCUAUCUGGCACAAUCUACCAUGAAACCGCUCCAGAUAAUCAAACAGCGAGCCGAGGCUCUGCUUCUAACGACUAUGUUGGAGAUAAAGAGGAAGAAGAAAAGAAAGAAAGUAAUGGGGAUAGCAAGGGAACAUCUGUGAACAACGUCAAAGAGAAUUCACCACCUCCAAGUCCAGAGGAUAAGCAGGACGUCAACAGUGACCCUUCAAAGUCACCGGUCCGAACAAGAUCACAUCAAAACAAAAUGGAGCCACCAAAGCCUGAUAAACCAAAACCAGUGAAAAAGACAGUUACUUUUGGGACUGUUGAAAGUUGUGAGGACAUUUUCUUUCCCUUAAAGAAGGUUCCUAUCAAACAUCAUGCACCACUAGUGUCUAUCAUCAAGAAGAAAUCGGCUUUAAAACAAACUGAAUAUUCUACAUUUAGCAGCAUUCUGAAACCAGCUAAGCUCACAGAUUUGAGUUCAAAAUCAUCAUCUGAACACCAAGAGGGGUAUUUGAGGAAAAAUUUAAAUCCAUUGUCAAAACCUACUAAUAAAUUCUCUCAUUUUAGUGACAUACGAUGCACUUCUCCACCUCCAAGAAAUCUAUCUCCAAUUGAUAAAGAAACUUCAGGAACGAGGAGUUUUGUCUUACCAGUGAGAAGUAGUCAUUCAUCGAGAGUUAUAAAGCCAAACAAGAAAUUUAUUGACGGAGAAGAUCAAUUAUCAUCUGUGAGCACCUCUUCGUCCAGUAAAGUCCUGAAGAAACCAAAAUUAAAACAACUCGUGUUUAACAACUUACCCAAUGACGAGGAUGAUGAAGAAGAAACCAGUGAAAAGAUUCCAGAAAAAUCAGCACUCAAAACAUCAAAUCUAUUCAAAGACAGAACUACCAACUCUUUCUCGAGUCUCGGAAGUUCAGUAUCGAGAAAAGUUUCCAGGGAUCUGUUCUCUUUUGAUAAAUCUCUAGAACAUGCACAGGAUGAAAACUCUAACGUCGAAAAUACUGACAAGGCAAAGUCUUCUGAGGGCAAAAAAGAGGAAAGAUUGGGACACGCUAUGAGGAAAUUGAUGGAUAUAUCCGACGCUAGUUCCUCUAGCAGUACUAGCAGUGGCUCGGAGUCUGAGGGCAGCUGGGAGAGCGAGAGUUUGGAAGGAAGCGGCGAUGAAGAGGAGAAGCAGCCUCCAGCCAGUCCAGAGAAAGACAAGUCGUCAGCCUCUCAAUUGCUCAGCGGCAAGGUUAUUAUCAGAGAGGCAAGACUGCAGCUCAACAGUACAACACCCAGUACUGCAGGCUUAGAUGGACCAUUCUCAUCUUUAUCAUCUGUCACAAUGGAUGAAGAAAUAGACGAAUCUACAUCACUUCUGAGUCCUCUUGCCAACAACCUGCCCACAACGGUGACUUGUGGAGUUUGCGGUGCCGUGCGAUUUUACAGAUUUGUCCGACAAGCUCGGAAAUUCGGAAUAUACUCUUGCGAGUCCUGUCGCAAGUUUAUUUCAAAACUUCUCAAGAAAGACAAAGUGGCAUUGCGAUCAGCUCCAGUUGUUAUGCAUUGUGUCAGAGGAGAAGGUAACUGUCAUGUUCCACCAAUCGUACGAUCACAACAAUGGAAGCUACUAAAGUGUACCAACAAAACGAGAUGUCCAGCCUGUUGGCUGAAAUUAUGCCUCAAAGCAUUCCAAGUGCCGCCGCAUAUAAGGGCGACGUUGACAGCCAUGUUACCGCCGUAUAUGAGGAAUGGGUCAAAAACUGCCACGAGCCUUUCCCCACCGCAACCACUACGACAUAAUACAACACAGUCAACGUUCGGUACUCUGGCCAACAGUGAGACUGAAAAUAAUAUCUUUGCGGUUAAAACACCAAAAAAGGUUCCCGACGAAACGGAAAAGGUAGAGGAUACCACAUCUAAGAGCCAAAAGAACAUCCAAGAGGACGAUGACAGCAAAGACGAUGAGAAUUCCGGAAGGAAACGUCGCUUGACAAGGGUUAAAGUGAGAAAGAAAGAUAAGAGCGAAGCCAAACAGGUGGAAGAUCCCAAGCGACAGAAAAUGGAACUAAAGGGCCCGAGGGUUAAGCAUGUGUGUAGGAGUGCUUCGAUCGUGCUGGGUCAACCUAUCGCGACAUUCCCUGUGACAGAAGAGAAAGAUAAGGAGAAAGCUGAUGAUGACAGCUGUAUGCCGCUCGUGGAAGACAGGGACAGAGGCACACCGGACUUGACAAGCGGCGAUUCUGAGGUAGACGACAAACCUCUCCAGACUGUACCUGAAGUUAAGGAAGUUGACCAAGAAAAUGUUGAGCCGAAGAAGAGAAAGAUCGAACCUGUUGUGGCAAAACAGAAGGCAGAGUCCAGUGAGGAUGAGAGUAUCAUGGACCUUAUACCCAAGAAACAGCCAUUGAAAGUUUCUAAUGCAAUUAAUGUGCGAGGUCGUUCUCAGAAGUACAGCCAGAAUCGACCCGAGCUAAUAUGUGUGGACUUCUGGGAGAUCUAUGAUCCGGACGAAGUGUGCAACUCCGGCUUUGGUCUGAUUGGCACUGCUCCGUUUACGUUGCCAAAACUUUGCUUCUUGUGCGGAAGUGCUGGGAGAGAAAAGAUGUUGGUGUGCUCGAGCUGCUGCGAGUGGUACCACACGUGGUGCGCGGAGGACACCGCGGGCGGCGUGUGGACGUGCGCCCGCUGCGUCACGUGCGCGGCGUGCGCGCGCCCCGCCGCCCGCGCGCGGUGCCGCUCGUGCGCCCGCCACUACCACGCCGCGUGCCUGCCCGCCGCGCCGCCGGAUCACCGCAGCGACUGGCCGCAGAUCUGCAGCUCGUGUCUGAAAUGCAAGAGCUGCGACAGCGACCGCGUCAACAAGUUCGUCGGCAGCCUGCCGUUCUGCAGACCGUGUUUCAAACUACGACAAAAGGGCAACUACUGCCCGCUCUGCCAAGCCUGUUACAGAGACAAUGAUUUCGAUAGCAAGAUGAUGGAGUGUGGUUGGUGCGCGAGAUGGGUCCACGCGAGUUGCGAAGGUCUAUCCGGGGAGGGCUACCAGCUGCUAUCGGCGUUGCCGCCGUCGAUCGAGUACAUCUGUUGCAAGUGCAUGCCGAAUGAUCCUCCGUGGAGAAAAAUGCUGACGGAACAUCUGAAAGGACGAUUACUACAUCUGCUCAAACUACUGGCGAAAAACAAGAAAGCGUGCGCUCUACUGAAAUUAACGCCACACAAAAAUACACCCAUUCCGAACAAGACGCUCCGGAUUAUGACCCCACAGGCCAUAAGAAAACUUCACUUCGAAAAUGUCGAUGAAUCCAUAAAAACGACUGAAACAAAAGUCUACAGGAACACAUCGCGAGGCCGAAAAACCACGGCCUUGCAGAAACCGAACGAUCCGAGUUCGUCCCAGGCGUGGCCGAGCCCCUCGAUCAUUCCCGGCGUUGACAUGGAGAAGGAGGACAUUCCACACACACACAAGGUGGUCAAUCUACAGGAACCUCUAAUGCAGAACAAGGAAAUAUGUUUCUCGACCGGCCUAUACAGUACGAAGGCCAACUUUAACUCCUCGUGUGUUGAAGUGCACGAGAAUUACACAACGGAGACUAAAAUGGAGACGAACGAGGCGGCCAUCGAUAAAUACGAACCUAUAUCAGACGACGAUGAACCGGUGAAGACGUUCCCUCAAGCUCGAAGUGAACGAGAUCUGAGCCCGCCGGUUUGUCGCGAAUUGGCCGUUCCCGGGGAAGAGUCUCAACAAAAUAUGAGUGACGACAUAAAUAGAAUCGCGUCACCUUCGCUACUCGACAUAAAGAAGAGAGUGAACAGUGACGAGUAUGUGUCGUUAAAAGAUUUCAAUCACGACAUGAAGGAGGUCAUCGAAAGAACGUCGAAUGUCGACCUCGAAGACAUUUAUAAGGAGCUGUUCUCCGAGACUUUUCCGUGGUUUGAUUGCCAGAACAACUGUCUUCAGCCGAACUUGGAAGUCGAAGGGGAGCUGGAAGAUUCCGAUUCGAUAAAAGACGUCGAAAUGGUCGACCCGAAGGGACUCAAGUCGGCUCCGCAUUCCAUUGACCGGGCGCUCGAUCAAAUUGUGCCUAAACUCGAACCAGACUUACCGACGGAUGAGGAGGAUCUCCUGGAGUUCUAUCCGGUGCCAGACUCGCGACUUUGUGUGCUGUGUAAAACGGUCGGCGACGGAUCGCCUACUAUGGAAGGACGACUACUAUACUGUGGUCAGAACGACUGGAUUCAUGCGAAUUGUGCGCUCUGGUCGGCCGAAGUGUUCGAAGAAAUCGACGGAUCUCUACAAAACGUCCACUCGGCAAUAUCCAGAGGAAAGAUGAUCAAGUGUGCAGAAUGUGAAGUAAAAGGUGCAAGUGUAGGUUGUUGUGCUAAGAACUGCAGUGAAACAUACCAUUACGCGUGUGCACGAAAAGCUAACUGCGCUUUUAUGGAUGACAAGAGAGUAUUCUGCCCCACGCAUGGUAAAGAUGUACCAAAGAAUAGUUUGCAAAAGGAUGCAGAUUUUGAAUUGACGAGACCGGUUUACGUUGAGCUAGACAAGAAGAAGAAAAGAUACAGCGAGAUAAAUAAAGUACAGUUUCUAAUGGGAUCUCUGACUGUCCUGAGUCUCGGUAAGAUUGUCCCAUCUGUCUCCGACUACGAGGAAUUUCUAAUGCCCGUAGAUUUCUCAUGCUGUCGGCUAUUUUGGUCGUCUAAAAAACCGACAAAAAUAGUAAGAUACACAAUAAAAACAAAGCUCCUACUUGCUGAGCCAACACCUGGAUUUGAUUUUGGAGUGAACAUUACAGUCGAUCACUCCAUGGAUGUUCAAGUUGUCGAGAGAACUAUGGCAGAAAUUGGCGCCUGGCACGAGAAUUUACAGAGUAUGUCCAAUAAGACAGCCCUGAUACUAAAAAGUGACAUGUCACCUAUUAAAUUUGGAAAUACUCUAACUUUAGAAGACAUAGCAGUGAAACAAGUCGUAGAUAGUAUGCUGGACACUAUCUGCAAGCAGGAGCAGCAGGAUGAGGACGAACCGCAGAAUACCGCAGAUCUGCUACCUCCAGAAGUAAAGGAUGCCAUAUUCGAAGAUUUAAAUCAUGAUCUUCUCGACGGCAUUUCAAUGCAAGACAUAUUCCCGAAGCUGAUGUCAUACGAAGACCUCGUGGCGAUGGAUUUGAAGAACGAAUUCUUUGGGGUCAUGAAUCAGGCCGACGACAAGUCAGAUUCGCGUUCCACUGAUUUCAUAGAUGAACUUUUGUAUGCUCGAUUGGAAUCGAGUAGCAAAGAACUGAAGAGAAGUAAAUCAGAAAUGCUUCUGCAAAAUCCCAACAUCAAGUCGUUGACUACAGGACGAGGCCAACAGCGCUCCACCAGUCUCACGUGGAACAACAAAUUCGACACAAGCUUACUAUCGUCAACCAUAAAAAGAUGUAAAAUGGGAAAGACGUCUACAGUGACGGGAAAAAUGAGUCCCAUCCCGAGAAGUAUUGAAAAUGCACUGGAGGCAGCUAAAACGACAGACAAAACUGACAAAAAGCCUAAAAUGGAAACGUCGACCAGCAGUACUAUUUGCACUGAUAUACCUCAUUCUUCGGGCAUCAACUACCGAACGACGUCGCCGAAGCAAAAGGAUGAUCCGAAUUCCGAUAAAAAUGACAAAAACGAAGGAUUUUAUCCAGACGUUAUUGAUUUCUACACAAAAAUUCAGUGUAGUCCUAUAUCUCAAUUAGAUGGAGCCGCAGACUGGUCUAGCUCCGAAAGUACGUGUAGCUCCCGGCCGGGCAGUCCGAGAGACGACUUCACGCCCAUACAACAAUUGGACGGAGCCGAGGAUAAUCAUCCACAUGACAACCUUAACAAGAACCAAGGCAAUCAAUUUUUAUACAGAGCUACGGGAUCCGAGAGCACCUACACAGUCACAAUAGCUGGAAAUUCCAUCAGCGGCCAGCCCGAACUAGUGAUGCGACCCUCGGAUGAUGGGUCGGGACUACCGGGACACAUGGAGGAGCUCGUGAGAUGUGACAGGUGUCAUUGCACCUACAGAAAUAAGGAGUCGUACGAUCGACACAUACCUUCUUGUGACAUGAUGUCGACCAGCGAAAGUGAAAGUGAAAAUCCCAAAUCACCCGAGAAUCGAACCCUGACGACCCUACAGAAUGCGUUCGGGGGUGCUUUCGCUCAGCCGAUGAUUAUUCACGCUGGAAUGGUGAGUGGAACGGAAAACACAGUUAAAGCUGAAACCAUUUCAGCCAGAAGAACAUCCAUAAACACGAGACAAAUUACAAUCAACGGCACGAUCGUUGAGACGCCAUCUCCUGGACCAGGAAACGAAAUGACAAUGACGUUUACAGAACAAAUGAAGUCUGGAACGGUAAUAUUCGAUCAAAGUAAAACAACAAAUGUUCAAGUAUCCGCAAAUCAACAAGUUUUGUCGUCACCGCAAAUUGUUGUCACGCCACAGAUGCUGCUUCCGCCUAAGUCUAGUUCUGCAGCAGGCCAGAAAAUCGUCACACCACAGAUUAUUUCUCAACCGGGUCUUCUACCCUAUAACAUUUGCACGACGAUUAAACCUGGCAACGGCAACGCGAAUAUACAACAAAUACAAGGGAAUGCAGAUAUGGCUCAGUUGCUAUCUGGACCUGGAGGUAUUCAAGUUAUAUCGUCGAACUCUAAUCAAGUCCUAACGAUACCUUCAAAUCAGGGAAUGAUGCAUGGAAAAAAUCAAGUCGCUAAUUUUCCAAACAUGGCAAGUGCUUCAUCGAUUGCUCUGCCGGUGAAUUCCAUUCAAGGGAUGCCAACAACAUCAAUCAUUCAAAACAUACAACCCAUGAUUCGACCUCAGUUACAAGGGAAUCCCACAAUUGUCAUGCCGGCUAUGACUGCACAGAGGUUGACGUCCCCGAAUACUCAAAAUAAACAGCAAAUAAUUCUCCCUAACUCGACACAAAAGUCUCCUAAAAAGCAGCCUCAACCCGUUCAACCGAAACCCAUAUUCCAAGCCGCAAACAGAGGCCGAGGUAGACCGAUGCCAAAACCGACCACAAUAACGAAAAGGCAAACUAAGUUAGAAAAAACAUUUACAACUAUAAAUCAGACGCCUAUCGGACCAGGGAAUACUGUCAUACAGUUGCAAACAAAUAACCAAACUGGGCAACCGUCUAUUAUUGUUCAACCGGUGACGAACCAAAAUAUUAUGUCGGCCUAUGUAGAAGCCCUAUCCCAGCAACAGAACCAAAAUAUGCAAUACAUAGCAACGAUUGGCCCUCAAGGCGACUUUAAAGCCACACCGACUCAAUUCAUAUCUCAGAGUGGUCUUGUACCUCAAACAUUCCAAAUUCAACAAACCGAGUCUGGUGGCCUGGUAGCGGUGCCCAGUGGAGGUAUACCAGUACUUCUACCUCAAGGAAAUGUCGGAAUUUUGCCGCAAGCAAUUCAACAAGGCGCUACAAUUUUACCGCAAGGAACGAUUCAGCAAGGAAUAAUAUCUCAGGGUCCGAAUGGCCCAACGAUACUACCUCAGGCGAUACACACACAGAACGGGACUACCAUAAUACCACAAGGAACAAUACAAGGCCUGACGUCAGGAAACAUUUCUUCACAAACCGCAACACUGUUGCCAAAUAAUACUUUACAAACUGCAGGUGCAACUGUGGUUUCUCAAAGUGGAAUCGGUAAUGGACAAUCUACUAUAAUUCAUAAUGCUUUACCCACCCAAGGAAACACUCUGAUAUCGCCAGCCACGGGCACUACCAUCUUGCCUCAGGGUACAAUAUUGCCGCAGUUCUGUAAUGAUCAAGUUCUGUUGGGUUCAACGCCGACAUUGGAGAUGGUUACCGACCCGUCAGGUUGUAUGUAUUUGACAACGACCCAACCCGUCUACUACGGCUUAGAGACUAUCGUACAGAAUACGGUGAUGUCGUCACAACAAUUUGUGUCUACGGCCAUGCAAGGAGUUCUCGCACAAAAUAGCAGCUUUUCGGCUACGACGACUCAAGUAUUCCAAGCGAGUAAAAUAGAACCCAUAGUGGAGGUCCCCACAGGAUACGUCGUGGUAAACAAUGUCGGUGAUAGUGUGGUUUCUCAAGCUUCAUCUUCAGUCGCUAACGUUGUGACAGCUCAGAAUGUGCAAUCAUCACCGCAAACACUGAAAACUGUAAAGACGUCUGUACCCAACCUGACUUUACAACCAUUGCCGGAUAAACAAGUCAACAACAAUCGCCAGACUCCUAAAGUUAUUCAAAUGAGCCCGCUUCCUAUAGCAGUUGGCUCACAGGCUGGAAAUAACAUAAACAUUAAGCAUGGUCUGAACCCGAUAACAUCACAGAUACAUAAUAUGAGUCUUGCAAAUACUUCGCAACAUCUAUCCAGACCUACUAUUUCAAAACCGAAUACUGUUACUUUAACACCUAAUGUAACGCUUGUGUCAUCAACUGGGCAGCCAUUAAUGGCUAUAUCGCAAUCCAUUCCCAACACUGCAACGUCGUUCUCGAUGCAGUCUAUUCCCCUCUCACAACCUAUAGUUUCGAGCUCGAUUGCGCCAUCAGGGAACAAGAAUAAUACGAUGAAGAUUGAAAAUUCUCACGUGAUUGAAAUAAGCGGAAACCUGAACGAGAGUUCAUCUCAUCCAAGUAUGCCCACCAUAAGUGUAACUCAAAGUAUAAAAUCACCGACUCCCUGGAGACAAAUAAAUACAAACAACAAUUCAAAUAUCGAUAAUAAGAUAGAUUUGCACAAUAUGGGAAUAAAAUUGAACACUUCUAACAACUCAAUAAUGAAUUUAAAUAACAUAACUACAAAUAGACAAAUUCCGCAUUCCGAGUCUGGAAAAGAAAAUCCUAAUUGCCUUAUGUCAAUGAAUAACGCUGUAAACUCCAUGCAGAACUCAAUGCAUUCCCAUCAAUUUGAGUCUAAUAUGAUAGUCAGUAGUCAUUCGUCGAAUCACUCUUCUUCUAAUAAUAUGAUUCAAAUAACAGCUGGAAACAUAUAUCCUCCUUCGACGAGUGUUUCCAAUACUUUCGAUCCUGACACGACGCUGAAACUAAGUAAGAUAAAUGCUUUAUCUAAAACAGGAGACGGGCACUUAAACUUUUCACAAGAAAUAAUGGCUCCACAUGCCCAACAGCACAUGCAGAAUGAAAAAUGUUUCCAGAACUUGGGAAAUACUGAGAAACAUUCCAACGAGGGUAUGAAUAAUCAGAUGAAUAUACAUAAAUUGAGUAGCUGCCAAGUUGCAAACAAUAAUAGUAACAUUAAUAAUUCUCCUUCAAUCAGCAUUAUACCCCACAACAUGAUUCGUCCCCAAAUGCAGAACAAUCAGAAUUCUAUUUCUAUAAACAAUAAUCAAAAUCAGAUGGGAUCAAUACCGAGUAGUUCUCAUGGACAAGUUCAGCUUAUGAAUACGGUUAAUACGUCUAUGCCGAAUAUGAACAUGUCAUGCCAUGAAUUGGUUAAUAAUCGUGGCAAUAUACAGUCUUCUAAUGAAAACUUGCAUCAAAAUAAUCAACAAAUAGACAUAGCAAACUCUAGCAUGACUAUGUCUAAUGUGUCGCAUGGCAAUAUGCAAAUGAUAUCGCACGAUUCAAGCGCGAUGUCUUCCUCAUCGAAUCAAAUUCAUAUAAUGAAUGGUCAAAUCCAGCAUAACCGUCAAAUAGAAUGCAGCAAUCAAAUGCAAAUGAACCAAGUAUCUAACAAUAGAAUGUUCCAUGAUAAUAUGAUAAACCAAUCACAAAACCAUAAUCAGAAUAAUAUGCUGCCAAAUCGAAGCACACCAGAAUCGAACAGUCAUAUGAAUCAAAACGUUAACAUUCACGGAUUAUCUAAUAGCCAUAACAUGAACAGAACGGAUCAUAACGAAUUAAACCAUAUGCAUAUGAACCAAUCUUUAUCUAAUAUUUCAAAUAUGCAAAGCAACAGAAUGCUAAAUGAUAACAUGCAGAGUCAUACAAUGAAUAAUAUGAACCAUCAAAUUCACAAUAGAUCAAUGGAUUCUAUUCACAACCAACAAGUUCACUCGAUGCAACAAAUGAAUGUGCAUAUGUCAAGCGGGAAUGCCCGCAACCAGAUGGAGAAUAAUAUGCAUAUGAAUCAACAGAUGUCGAUGCAAUCAAAUAGGCAAAUGGAAAAUGUUGGUCACCAUCAUCAACACCAAAUGUCUAAUACGAUGCAAAUACAAAGCAAUCGAACACACAUGGAUAAUAACUUAAUGGGCAUGCAUCAACAUGUAUCAAAUCAGAUGCACAAUCGUCAACAAAUGGAGAACAACAUGCACAUGCACCAUAUGCCCGGAAAUAACUCUAACCAUGGAUUAAAUAAUCAAGUCGAAAACUCUAAUGUAUUAGGAAAUAUGCAUAACAGACAUGAUAAUUCAAUGGGAAUGCAGAACUUAAACUCCCUAAACCAAAUGCAAAAUAACAGAAACUCUAUGGAACAUUCGAAUAUGAUUCAACAUCAAAUGAACAAUGUUAAUUCCAUGGGUAGCAUGAACAUGCAUAACAACCUCAACAAUUCUUUGCAAAUGUCUAAUACUAACCAUCAGUCCGUCAGUAACCAACUGAUGCAUGUUCCUAAUAUACCAGAUAUCAAAAAUGACUUCCAAAAUUCAUGCAGUGGCAGUUGCUCAAACAACAGUUCACAGUUCUCUAGUAACCAGACGUCAUUUGACUUGCCUACCAAUAUGAACACUACUGCUAACAUGAACAUGAAUAGCAAUGCCAACAUGAUGCAUGGAAUGAACGUAAGCAAUAGUAAUAUGAUUUUAAAUAGCAAUAAUUCAAUGUAUGGUAACAACAGCCAGAAUAAUAUGCCAGGACACGAUAUGUUAUUGAGCUGCAACAACACCAAUGACCACAAUUUGAUGUCUGUUAAUUCCAAUAAUAUGAUGUUAAACAACACUUCAACACACAGUGCUCACAAUCAAAACCAGCAGAUAUUGAAUAACCAAAAUCAGAAUAACCCUCAGAUAAAUAUAAACAGUUGUGCUAUGAGUGGUAAUAAUACUACGCAAAAUCAAAUUACUAACUUGGAUAGUCCACUAAAUAGACCUAAUAUACCAGUGAAUGACAUACCUAAAUUUGGACAAGAACAGAUUAGAGGGAAGAAUUUAAUUCCACAGCAGUCUAAUAAUACUAUGGCGAUUCCGAAUAUUUCCAGUAAUGACUGCUCAAAAUUGAAUAUUGUUGGCAAUAACGAUAAACAGAAUCACACAAUUUCGGUCAACAAUCAGAUUGGAUUCAUGCAAAUGAACUCUCAAAACAACAAUAGAGUGAUCAACUUACCUGAGAAGAACAGAUCUAAUAAUAAUGCACAUGUUGAUAAUAAUUUCAGUCAACACGUCUCUCAGCAACAUAAUAUCAGAGUUGUGACUAACAAUGGUAGCAGUAGCGUUUCUAACAUUUCAGCAGACGCGCUGACCUACCAACCUAAACCAGAAAAUAACGGGACCACCAUUAAUGUUCCAUUCCAAGCCAUUCCCAAUAGUGCACCCAUGAAUAUUAAUGUUAAUUCCAGUAACAACACCGUCAAUAUUACAGUACAAAAUAAUCUCGUUGAUCCUAAAAUAGCAGCUAAAGCCACCGAUCUAAACUUUCCUCUGCAGCCUAAUGCAAAUCUGCUGCAAAAUCAAAGUAAUAAUAACAUGAUUUGUAUACCAGUGCAAAAUAAUCCAAUUAACCUUCCGAACCAAAAUAACGCAAGUAUAUCACUACCUAAAACGCGUCCUACACAGCAAUCUGGUAUUCCGACGAACGUUGUUAAUCCCAUAUCGAUGAGACCAAUGAAUAGAGUGCUACCUCUUCACAGAGAUGGUCAAAGCAAAGGCUCCAAGUCUUCAGGCAAUAAAGUAGCCGCACCUAAACAACGACCAGUGAGUAAUGAUAUGCCAGAUUUGAAUAUGAAAGACGAAACUAUAGACAGCGAUCUAGAGAAAGCAAUCGAGGAGUCAAAGCGAAUGAUGGAAUUAGAAAAGGCGAAGAGAGAAAAAGAGGAAAUGGAUGCGGCUCGUGCUAUACAACUGUCCACCGAGAUGCAGGUAGCGAAUACUAGUGUAGCCACAGUUAGAGAAGAAGUCAAUCCACCUACUGACAUCGGUAAUAAAAAUAAUUCUUUACCGAGCUUGGACGCGGAAAUAGAACCUGAAAUACCAAAAGUUUUAGUGGAGAAAGAUAUCAAUAAAUCAGUAGCGCCGCCAAAAUUAUCAAAUGCGCAAACCAAAUUGCUGAAGAGACCAUUGGUAGAUAAGAAAAAUGAAGAUGCAGUUGCGACGAAGAAACAGAACAAAGUUGCCAAAGGUCAGGAGAAUAAGUUCUCUCAACCAAAACCAGUGCCCGAACCGGUGAAAGACGAUGGACCGAAAUUAAUAUACGAAGUUUCUUCAGAAGACGGGUUCUCCUAUUCUUCUACAUCAUUGACUGAUCUCUGGGCGAAAGUUGUGGAAGCUGUACAGAACGCAAGAAAACAAUCUGGACUCCCGUCAAUUCAAUAUAAUCUAUCUUCGUCGCUUUCUGGAGCACAUCUGUUGGGGCUGAACAACAACGCUCUCAGAUACUUGAUCGAACAACUUCCAGGGGCAAAUCGCUGCACAAAAUACAAGAUCCGUCACGGGCGAGCGCUGAGCAGUUGGGACAACGACUUGGGCCUGAGCGAGGGUUUCAAGGAGAGUCCUUGGGGCAGCGCGCGUACAGGACCCAUAGCGAGGAAGCCCAACCACGACAUGUUCAGUUGGAUGGCCUCGCCCUACAGGGAGGAACCGCCGCCGCUGACCGGACAAGAAGUGGAGAGUUCUAUAUCCAGGAGGCUGGCAACACUACCGCUAGCAAUGAGGUUCAGACAGCUGAAGGAGACUGCCAAGGUGUCGGUCGGCGUCUACAGAUCGCACAUUCACGGCAGGGGACUGUUCUGUAAACGGGACAUUGAAGAAGGCGACAUGGUGAUCGAGUACGCGGGCGAGGUGAUCCGCGCGGCGCUCGCCGACCUGCGGGAGAAGCUGUACGAGGCGGGCGGCGGCGGCGGCGGCGGGCGGCGCGGCGGCGGCUGCUACAUGUUCCGCAUCGACGACAACCUCGUCGUCGACGCCACGCUCAAGGGCAACGCCGCCAGGUUCAUCAACCACUCGUGCGACCCCAACUGCUACUCGCGCGUCGUCGAUAUACACGGACACAAGCACAUCCUGAUCUUCGCGUUGCGGCGCAUUUCCGUCGGCGAAGAACUCACAUACGACUACAAGUUCCCCUUCGAGGAGGUCAAAAUACCCUGCACGUGCGGGGCCAAGAAAUGCCGGAAAUACCUAAAUUGAGUGAGUCAAUUAUGAGCGGUUUCAUGGUUAGAAUAUGUCUGCAGCAGCAAACGCAGCGGCAGACUGCAAAACGACGCUGUCGGUGUUGCUAAUACGAUUCUAAUAUUUUAAGUGAUUAUUGCAGCUUCGUUACGCGUUGGAAUCAACCCGUUUUCCAACAAACAGUAAAUAGUACUCUCGUAAAUGUAAAAAUGAACAUUAAAUAAGUUGGUUUGAUAUUUCGUGAGAAUGCUGCUUUGUAGUUUUAUAGGAAAGGGACUGGAUCAAACGAGGAACGGAACUGUAUUAAUUUUCUAAUUUAAUAGUAGAAUCGGAGCAUAGAUAUCGGACUAUUUUCUUAAAUUUUGCAACAUUAGAAGAACUUAAGUGACAAGUGACCAUUUCGUAUACAGCGUGUUGCAAAAAUAUAAAUAGUUUGUUGCAUUCUGUAUAUUAAAAUUGUCCUAUUAUGUAGUACUAUCGUUCGUAAUUUGAGGUCGAUUGCCAGUUGCGAUUUGCUAUCGACUUGCGGAUGCAUUUUGCAGUUGCGUUGUGCAGUCGACUUGCAGUUGCGAUUUGCAGUCGGCGUCGUUUUUAUCUGGACAUUAGCGAGUACAAGCUGUGCUGAAAUUUAGGAGUUUUGUCAUCGUAUAGAUACUAUUUUGUAGCACAGCUUAGUUUUAUCUUUGAUCGUUUUAGCAUAAUAUUAGAAGUACAUAACUGAUUUUAUACUAAUGAUAGGAGUACCUAAUAUCGAUGUGACAAAAAAAACUAUGAUAGGAUGACGAUUUUAGAUUUUAUUUUGGAAUUGAGGGACCGUAAAUGCUGGGUCGAGCGCAAUUUUUAUAUGUAUAUAUGUAAGACAAUAAGUCCAAUCACAUAUCGAACGCUCCCACCUCAGAGCCCGCGACGUCGCGCGACGCUACGUCGCGACUCCACAUGAAUCUUGCUAUGAUCUCUUUUUGAAUCUACCCAGUGUUAAAAAUGUUGGAUGUAUCAUUGGUUCUAUAUUAUUUUGUGAUAAGUUUUUUUUAUAUUGUGUAAAUAUUUUGAAAUCGGUAUUUUAGGUUUAAAGAAUGUUUGCGAACGGCUUAAGUGAGUCCACUCGACGCGAUGUGAUAUGUUCACCUUCUGGUGGGAAUGGUUAGUGCUUAGAUUUGUUCCUCAUUUUAUUUCUUCUUGUGAUCAUUUAAGUCUCGACUAACGUGUACAUAGGAGAUGGAUUUAGUUGUUAUCGAUGCGAGUACAUUUGAGGUAGCGACGUUACGAGUACAAUGUUACUUUUUUUAGUAAUUUUAAUAAGUAUUUGUAUAGUGAAUUUGUAAAUAAGAGUUAUAAUCUGUCAUAAUAAUGACCCUUGGUUAAGCGACAAAUCGUUAUAUUGUAGUCAUAGCGGUAGGAUGUACUUUACAGAGCGUUAUGUACUGGAUAUAAUGUCCUCCCGCCGCAAAAUGUACGGUUCGCAAUGUCACUAUGACGUGAAAUGUCACACUUAUAAAAUGACGUUGUGGAAAAUGUCUUACACCCACAAUAUUACACAUCCACAAUCUCUGAACUCAGACUUGCGCGGGUAGUUUUGCUGUUUAAGAAAUGAUUGCAUCCCUCAGUUAUUCACUCAAUAAUUAGAUGUCUACAGAGUAUGACAAUGUCAUUUUUCGAUCUGGACAUUUUGCGUCGUGUUGACAUUAGGUACGCGAUGCGACAUAGUGCGAUGGAAGGACAUGAGUUAUUUGAUUUUGGCGCGGAGUUGUUUUAUUGGACCCCUUUGGAUAGACUGUUGUACGCUCCAAGCUGAUUUUAACGAGAAAAUGCACAUUUGUUAGCUUUAAAUGUUUUCAGCACAGCUUUUGUUGAUAUAAAUUUUUAGAAUCCAUAUAAUUUUAAUACAUUUUUACAAAUGAGUCUUAGCAUCACAGUAUCAUCACAUUGUACGACAUAGGAUUUCACAGUCUGGCUUAUGCACAUGUAUUUUUUCGAAUGUUUUAAAACUCAUAUACAGCAUGUUCGAAGAACUACCAUAAGUUUUAAGAGUCGAUAAAUGAAACUAGCAGGUAUACUUUUUGCAUACCGAUCUACAUUGUCUUCUAUUGUAGAGUGGUAUGUAAAAUAUUAUACACACAAACAUGCAAAUUGUAUUUUAAAUACAUGUGCAUAACUAUAGCUUUUUUAUAAAAAAUUGCAAUGUAGCUUUCAAUUUUUACUCGGCCAGUUUGUAUUCAUUAAUCAGGAAAAUUAAAAAUUAUAGCUGGCCAGGUGAAAAUAAAAUUACCCUAUAACUUUAUGGUUACCAGCCCAACUAUAUUGACCAUUUUACUAUAAUUAUUGCCAUAAAUAGAAAUCACAAUCAAGUUAUUAAAAAUCGCAUGUAGGUUUAUAAUGUUUUUUAAGAAUGAAUGAUGGUAUAAAGGCGGUAAUGUAUGGGCUGUUGUAAGAUUUAAGUGCGCAAAAGCUACAUUGCAACAUAUUUAACUGAAUCUAUCUAUGAUUAAUGACAUUUGGUAAUAAUUCUGAUUGUUAAAAUGCUAAAUGUGUGCGGUGUUUUGUUCAAUAAUUUCUCCAUCACUGAUUCAGAUAAAGGGACUACAAUUAUAAAAACAGUAUUAACUACUAUAGAACUGCUUGUCUAUGAUUUUAUGUAUGGUCAAUUAUCAUUAUUGCAGCAUUUGUAACUGAUCUUUAAGUUUCUUUUUCUACACGAGUACCCCUGACUGUUAAAGACGUAGUGCCCUUCUGUCAACUAUGACUUCAUCAAUUUUUAAACUUCCGUCUGAACUAUGGCUUUAUCGUAAAACUGUAGUACAUAUUCUUAGUCAUAUUUAGGUUUCUGAAGUCUUUGGAUCAACAUCGUUUUUUAAUGUUAUUAUACAAAAGAAAAAAAUGUGCACUAGUCUUUAUUGAGCCCUGCAACGGCAUUGUUUAUCAGUUGAUUGUAUAUUGCUAAUAGUAAGGCAGGGAUUUUGAGCGUGUCAAAUAUCUAUAUAUAGGUACUUGAAGAGUAGGACAAUAAAAAAUUUAUUGCCAUAUUCUUAUAGUAACCAUGACGAUCUUUAGGUAUUACAAAAUAAUGUCCCCUAAAAUUCUCAUCUACUUUUAGUUGGCCAAUUAUUGGGUGUCAACUUCUUUAAUUUUUUUAAUGCAGCUAUAUGUCUACAAAAUUUAAAAAGCGCUCAAGAUCCCUGACAACACUAUUCUAAUUCCAUUUGGUGUCAUUUGAAUUUAUACAUCGACCUAUGAUAAUAAAUAAAAAGUACAGUAAUGUUUAAUAACUAUCAAUUGUACAUCUAUGUUAAUAUUAAUUGUCUAUAUAUAUUAUACUAAAAAUGUUAUUUUCAUAUAAUUAUCUCCUAACUUGUGUAUUUGUAAAUUUUUUAACAAUGUCAAUUUAUUUAUUAAAUUGGUUUUUAUAUUUUCUAAUAUAAAUGAGUAAUAAUUUAAAUCUGUUUAUAAUUAGGAGCAUGUACAUUUUGUGUUGUGUGUGUCAGGGAAAAUCACCUAAUAAUAGGGUCCUAAACUUUUGUAAAUCGAAAUGUAAAAACAUCCAUAAUUUCAAUAAAAAUGUGGGUAAAAAUUGUAAUUAUUGUAAAUUUGAAAACACCCUGUAGCACACACAAAUUAUUUGAAAGCCAAAACAUUACGUGAUGAAUAAUUAUAUUUAUUAGGUGAUCAUUUUUUGAUAUUGUUUACAAUUUUGCUUUUAAUUUUAAAUAAACACAUGCCAUUUUGCCUAAUUUUAUUAUUAUUAUAUUUUAUUGCUUUAAAAGCACCAAUUUUACAAUCGCAUAGUCCUUUGACCUGUCUAUACAUUUUAUUUAUUUCUGUCAUUAUUUUGUA